UCUUCAGUUCUUCUGCAUCUAAUCAGCAUAAUCAACUUGAGCUAUAUUAGCCUAUACUUUCAGCAUAAAUUGUUUUUGUGCUAAUACCAGAAUUAUUUCUUUUUCUUUUUCCAUCUUCUUGUCUAUUUUCCAGUAGUGAAUCAGAAUGGCCCCAGCUCUUGUUGAAAAUGUUACCAACUGCAUAAAGGAGAUUGUUCGCCCGGUCGCGAACUUCUCUCCUAGCUUAUGGGGCGAACAGUUUAUCAAUUUUUCUUUUCAUACCGAGCUUGCAGAAAAAUAUGCCAACGAGAUUGAAGGGUUUAAGAAUGAAGUGAGAAGCAUGCUGACAGCCCCCGGAAAAGACAAGGUGGAGACCAUGAAUUUGAUCGACACAAUUGAGCGCUUGGGUGUUUCAUAUCAUUUUGAAAACGAGAUUGAAGAACUAUUAGAACGUUUCUUUAAUCUCAACUCAAAUUAUGCAGAUGAAGCCUAUGAUUUGUACACUGUCGCACUUCAUUUUCGUUUAUUCAGACAACAUGGCUACCGUAUAUCUUGUGAUAUCUUUAAAAAAUUCAUAGACGAGACUGGAAAAUUCAAAGAGAGCAUUAAGAGUGAUGCAAGCGGAUUGCUGAGCUUAUAUGAAGCUGCAUAUUUGAGAGUGCAUGGAGAAGAUAUACUAGAAGACGCCCUCUCUUUUACCACAGAGAACUUGAAAUCAAUGGCACCGAAUCUAAGCUCUACCAUUGGGAAACAAGUAGCUCAUGCCCUUGUGCAAUGCAUCCAUUUUGGGAACCCAAGAAUCGAGGCACGAAACUUCAUCUCCAUCUACCAAGAAGAUGAGUCCAAAAAUGAAAUGCUACUUAGAUUUGCCAAAUUAGACUAUAAUUCUUUGCAAAUGUUGCAUAAAAAGGAGCUCUAUGAAGUAUCAAGGUGGUGGAAGGAUUUGGACCUUGUUUCAAAGCUUCCAUAUGCUAGAGAUAGAGUGGUAGAAUUCUUUUUUUGGGCUAUGGGUGUUUAUCAUGAACCUCAAUAUUCAAUUGCUCAAAUCAUGCUCACCAAAACCAUUGCAAUGACAUCGAUAAUAGAUGAUACAUAUGACGCCUAUGGUACAGUUGACGAACUUGAAGUUUUUACAGAGGCCAUUAUGAGGUGGGAUAUUAGUGAAGUUGAUCGACUUCCUGAGUACAUUAAACCAUUCUAUAGUGCUCUUUUAGAUCUUUAUGAGAAAUUUGAUGAAGAACUAUCAAAAGAAGGAAGAUCUUAUGCGGUCCAUUAUGCAAAAGAAGCUUUGAAAGAACUUGUGAGGACAUACUAUGUGGAAGCCAAGUGGUUUAUUGAAGGAUACAUGCCACCAUUUUCUGAGUACAUGAGCAAUGCCUUAAUCACAUGCACUUACGUUUAUCAUACAACUACAUCCUUGUUGGGGAUCAAAUCUGUCACCGAGAAAGACUUUGAAUGGCUAAGCAAUAAACCUAAAAUGCUUGUUGCUAGCCUCAUAAUAUGUCGACUCGUUGAUGACAUUGCUACAUAUGAGGUUGAAAAGGAAAGGGGCCAAAUUGCCACCGGCAUCGAAUCAUACAUGAAAGAGAACCAGGUGACUAAAGAAGUGGCAGUUGAUAAGUUUUUUGAAAUGGUUACAAAUGCGUGGAAGGAUAUUAAUGACGAGUAUAUGCGACCAACUUCCUCACCAAGAGAAAUUUUAAUGCGCAUUCUCAAUCUUGAACGUAUUAUAGAUGUCACUUAUAAAGGCAACGAAGAUGGAUAUACACAGCCACAAAAAGUUCUGAAACCCCACAUCAUUUCUUUGUUUAUUGAUCCCGUUGAGGUCUAAUGUUAAUAGGGAUCAAGUUGGUGAAAAACUUUGUUGUAAUCAAACAUGGUUAUUUUUUAUUUUUUUAUCUUUGUUAUUACUUAUUAUCCACGGAGAUAAAGCAAAAAGCUUGAAAUAAGUUGUACACCUUAUUCAUUGUUGUUUAAGAGUCAUUGAUUCUUUCUUAUAAUAA